UUGCACUUUGAUGUGGCGAUAAAUGGGGGAACAGUGGUGAGACCACUGUUCUUUGAGUUCGUUAACGACACUCAAGCAAGAAACAUCGAUCAUCAGUUCCUGUGGGGUGCUUCGAUGAUGAUUAUUCCAGUUACCAAUCAGAGCACGGAAAUUGUUUUUGCAUAUAUACCUCAUGGUUUGUGGUACAGCAUACGGUACAGCGAUUACGGUGAUGUGUAUGAAAAUGGAAAUGCUGCAUUUAAGGCGCCAAUAACAGACUUAAUACCUGUACUGUUGAGAGGUAAACCCAUCCUCACUGUUUCAUUGUUUUGGUACCAAAAUUUAUUCGAAGUAAUUUGAAU